AGCUUAGUUUAGCGGUAGAAGGCUUCAGUCUACCGGCGGCUGGCCGUUGUGCAUGAAGGAAUGUCAUCCUUUGAUGGCCUGCCCAGAGAAGAACUGAUGCAGAAGGUUGUCGAGCUCCAGCAAGGUCUAGCAGAACUCUCAGAAAAGGUUGACACCGUGAAGGGCGAGAAUACGCAGCUGCGGGAGGAGAACAACGUCCUAAAGGACUACCUCAACAAUUUGAUGGCCAAGGUUGGGAAGAUGCCGAACCUGGGCACCACGGCGCCCUCCAAGGUGAUGCUGCAGCAGAACCCCGACGGCGCGCAGCCGGUGAAGGUGAACGACCACAUCGGCGAGCUGACCGCUCCGGCCAUGGACGAUUGAGCGUCGUCUUGUUCCCAGCGCGGGCGAAAAUUCGGCGGCGAAUUCGAAGAGUUCGGCUCAGGCGCAGCUUGG